AUGAACUUCAACUACUCUGGCUAUAGGGUAGUCUCGGAUCCGAAGCCCGACGAGAUCCCGUCAAAGACAGACGCAUCCCACACCGAGGCCAUUCCCGACCGUGUGCGUCGUGUGGCGACUGACCUCGACGACCUUGAUCUCUACUAUAACCUCCCCAACGCGGCUCGUAGAUAUGCUAAAAUUAAGGAGUACUCCUCAUCCGAGCUCGAGGACAUCAAGGACUUCCCAUUCGACUCAUUCUCCCAGCAGGACAAGGUGGAUAUCGUCCUGCUGACACGCUUCCUCAAGAAUCUUAGCCGCCAUCAGACCCUCGUAGAAGAGUCCCACGGCAAGGUCCAGCCGCUCGUCCCCUUCGAAUCCUCUAUCACAGCCCUGUGCGAGGCGAGGCAGGAUGGCUUCGCUACCAAGGUCAUCGAGGAUUGGCGCAGCCACCUUCAAGAGUGGUUUGACUUCUACUCAAUCUACGCUCUGGCCUUCGACUGGUGGGCCACUACCCCUUGGAAGGUUGUUGACGCAGCCCUUGCUAGUUACAUAGACAUCAUCCUGUCGACCAUCGUUGGCAUCAAUCCGGGAGAGGGUGGCCAAGAUGAAGUCGUCGGCGAGCCCAUCGGCCGUGCCAUGCUCCUGUCCGAAGUCUCCCACGAAAUGAUCUUCUAUACCCCGAAGAGCUCCUCUCCAUCGCCCACAAGGAAUACCACAGCUGCCUCCUCGAGACGAAAGCCCUCUCCAACGAGCUCGGCUUCGGCAGCGACUGGAAAAGGGCCCUCGACCACGUUAAGACGCAAUCUACCUCCAUCGGCAAGCAAACCGACCUCGUCCGCCACCUUGUCAACGAAGCCACCGCCUACGUCUAGGACUAUGGCCUCCAGCGCACCGCCCCUUUCUUCCUCGGCGAGCCAGUCCAUCCUCGUCGCCAGCCCGGCCUCCCCCAUGCCCCAGGCCCUCAAGGCCACCGUCCUCCGCGCCAACAACCGCCACUUCUCCCGCGCCGUCGCCCUCCACGAGAUGAUCCCCGGCCACCGCCUCCAGCGCGUCGCCGAGCGCCGCCAUAGCACCCUCCGCUCGCCGUUCUUCUCCACGCCCUUCCUCACCGAGGGCUGGCCCAUCUACUGGGAGCUUCUACUCUGGGACCGGGGCGACUUCUUCGCCGCCGCCGAGGAACAGGGUGGGGACCGUGUUCUGUCGCAUGCAACCGCUGCAUGCGCGUCGUCUUCUCCCUGCGCUUCCACCUCGGCGAGGUCACCCCACCGCAGUGCGUCGACCUGCUGGGGGAGCCGCUGUCUCCGGGGUACCAGACGAGAUGGAGGUUCUACGAUCGAGAGAAGUUAG